AUGAUUGUACCGGUUUUCUUUCAUUCUUUCUGGUAUUUUUGUGGCGGAAUGAACUAUAUUUUAGCUCUUUAUGGGGUAACAUUGUUGGUUUUAAAACUGAUCUUCUGGAUUAUUUUUUUCAAGACAGUGCCGGUGAGGCGGUUGUAUGGGGCCUUGAUUGUGACAUCAGCUUACCUCUUACUGGUAAGCAGAGAUUUUGCCCAUACCAUUCACUUGAUAAUAUGUCUUUUUGCUUGUGGUGCAGAGUUUCUACUGCUGCGCUGCAAGAGUAGGGACGCCUACACAAUCCUUGGUUUGAGAGCGGACUGUACUGAUGAGGAAAUUAAGCAUUAUUAUAAAAGGCAGGCACUCCUAGUUCAUCCAGAUAAGGUAAUUUUUUCAUUCCUUGCAGCUGAAGCUUUUGAACUGCUAUCUAAAGCAUUUGAAACUAUUGAAACUCGCGAUUUAAGAGAAAAUUACAAUAACACGCAGCUUUGGAAACACUUGUACGAUAAAUUUGAGGAGACAAAAAAUUCACUGCCUUGCGAUUGUGGUAGGAGACACUGGCGCGUUGCGAUGAAGAAUCUUAGCCCACAGCAGGCUAGGUUUUGCAAAAGAUGCAAUUUACGUCAUGCAGCUAAACAUAACGAUAUAUGGGCCGAGUCAACAUUUUUGGGGAUGUGGUGGACGUAUUAUGCUUGCUUGGACGGGAUUAUAUAUAAUAUUACUGAGUGGGCUAAUUGUCCAGUGAGUUUGAUGAAUAUUACAUGUAUCAGACUGAGGUUGGGAAGGUUCACGUUGUGUAACGGGGGUUAUGGAUUUCUUUUUUUUUGCAAGUCGAGGCGGUCAUUCCGUGUUUUGUUAUGGGAUUAUUUCCUAGCAGUCGCUUGCUGCUGGGAAUACAGAAAAACUAAUGUAAAAACUAAUUCUAUUCCCAAAUCAUUUUCAGCAAUUUGA